AUGAGAGAAGUUAUCAGUGUCAAUGUCGGACAGGCCGGUUGCCAGAUCGGGAACGCGUGUUGGGAGUUGUACUCUUUGGAGCACGGGAUCAGGCCGGACGGUUACUUGCAAGACGGGUUGGAUAGGCCCAAGGGCGGGGAGGAAGGAUUCUCCACGUUUUUCUACGAGACUGGGAGCGGGAAGUACGUGCCCCGUGCCAUCUACGUCGACUUGGAGCCCAACGUGAUCGAUGAGGUGCGGAACGGUGCUUACAAGGAUUUCUUCCACCCAGAACAAUUGAUCAGUGGCAAAGAGGACGCGGCCAACAACUACGCGAGGGGUCACUACACAGUUGGGUCGCAGAUCCUUGACGAGGUCUCUGACAGGAUCAGGAGGAUGGCUGACCAGUGUGACGGUUUACAAGGGUUUCUGUUUACGCACUCGCUAGGUGGGGGGACCGGUUCCGGCUUUGGAUCCUUGCUGCUCGAGGAGCUCUCUGAAAACUACGGUAAGAAGUCCAAGCUCGAGUUUGCUGUCUACCCAGCACCACAGGUGUCUACGUCCGUCGUGGAGCCUUACAACACCGUCCUAUCAACACACUCCACUCUAGAAAACUCUGACUGUACUUUCAUGCUGGAUAAUGAAGCCAUUUACGACAUGUGCACCAAGAGGCUCGGAAUUGCGAGACCCAGCUUUGCUCACCUGAAUAACCUAAUUGCCCAAGUCGUGUCCUCCGUGACCGCAUCGCUGAGAUUCGACGGUUCGUUGAACGUCGAUUUGAACGAGUUCCAAACCAACCUGGUCCCAUACCCAAGAAUCCACUUCCCAUUGGUCUCUUAUGCUCCAUUCGUCUCCAAGAACAGGGCAAACCACGAGUCUAACACGGUCUCCGAGAUCACAAACGCGUGCUUCGAGCCAGGUAACCAAAUGGUGAAAUGUAACCCAGCUAACGGUAAAUACAUGGCCUCCUGUCUACUGUACAGGGGUGACAUCGUCACAAAGGAUGUACAAAGCGCCGUUUCCCAAGUGAAGAAUAAAAAAGUCGUCCAAAUGGUGGACUGGUGUCCUACAGGUUUCAAGAUCGGUAUCUGCUACGAACCUCCCACUGCUACACCAGACUCGCAGUUGGCAGACGUCCAAAGGGCGGUUUGCAUGCUGGCAAACACGACAUCCAUUGCUGAUGCCUGGAAGAGAAUCGAUGAGAAAUUCGAUCUUAUGUACGCCAAGAGAGCGUUCGUCCACUGGUACGUUGGUGAAGGUAUGGAGGAAGGUGAAUUUACCGAGGCAAGAGAGGACUUGGCGGCGUUGGAAAGAGACUAUAUCGAGGUCGGGAGAGACUCCUUCGUCGACGACGAGGAGUUCUGA